AUGAUUUCUCAACUGAAUCGAAAUAGCUUCUUCCUUUUCCACCCUGCCGUGCAUCGAAAACCUGUCGCAACACGAAACCCAUUUUCUGUAUCUCUCAAAGUUGGAAACUUUCGCGGUUCCGAGGCUACCCGUGUUCCCAGUUUUUCUCCAGUGAGUUCUAUUCGGUCUAGGCGACGGGUGUCUCGGGUUGUGAGGACUGAAGCGCAGAAUGUUCUGUUUGAUUACCUGCAUUCAACUCGGGGUUACACCUUCUUGGACGCUGAGUUCGUGAGCAAGAACUCGCCGCGUUUCGUUGAAGGCUUGGCGUCAAAGAUUGAUGGAGAGAAUGAUGAUGACGAUGUUGCUCGAUCGUUAAGGAAGUUCUUGAGGUACAAUCCCAUCAAUGAGUUUGAACCAUUUUUUGAGAGUUUGGGGAUUAGCCCUUCUGAGUUGCCUUUGGUUCUACCUCCUGGGAUGAUUUUUUUGGCUGAUGAUUGUGUGUUGCUUGAAAAUUUUCAUGCUUUGUGUAAUUAUGGGAUCCCGAGAAAUAGAAUGGGGAAAAUUUAUAAGGAAGCAAAAGAGAUUUUUGGGUAUGCUAGUGGAUUGUUGUUGUCAAAAUUUCGAGCUUACGAAAAUUUGGGUUUGAGUAGAUCAACCGUCAUCAAGCUUGCUGUUUGUUGCCCUUCACUUUUGGUUGGUGAUAUCAAUUGUGAAUUUGUUAGCGUACUUGAUUGGUUGAAAAAACUUGGGAUUGAAAAUGAUUGGAUUGUGAAUUACUUGUCUUGUUCAAGAACAUAUAAUUGGAAGAGAAUGCUGGAUGCCGUGCAAUUUCUUCAUAAAGUGGGCUAUUCUGAGGAACAGAUGCACAAUUUGUUUAAGGAAAAUCCUAAAAUAUUGUUGGAAGGUUUUGAGAAGGAGCAGUACUUAUUUUUUGGUCGAUCACUUAAGUUGGGUGUCAAGAUGAACGUGAUUUAUUCUUAUUUUAUUGAGUAUCCCCAUAUCUUGUCAAGUAAGUGUGCAAAAAAUCUGUUGGGAGUGGUUGAUUUUUUGUAUGUUAUUGGAAUGGGAACAGAUGACAUUACACACAUUUUGUCUAAGCACAUGCAUCUCCUGAGCUCACAUCCCUUGAAAGGUCCUAAAACUGUUUGUAAGGAGUUAAAAGUUGAAAAAGCUAAUUUAUGUGAAAUCAUAAAGGAUGAUCCAUUGAAGCUAAUUAGUUUGGGUUCAAAACUGGAACAGAAGAGCGCUGAACGGUUAUCCGGUCAUGACCCACGUAAAUAUUUGGAAAAAACAACUUUCUUGCUGAAACUGGGUUAUACAGAGAACUCUGAGGAGAUGGCAAAAGCAUUAAAAAUGUUCCGAGGGAGAGGUGAUCAAUUACAAGAGAGGUUUGAUUGCCUGGUAGAAGCUGGUUUGGACUAUAACAGUGUGAUCGAAAUGGUAAAACGAACUCCUAUGAUUUUAAACCAGAAGAGAAUUGUAAUUGGAAAGAAGAUUGAUUUCUUAAGGAAUGUUUUAGGUUAUCCAUUAGAAUGUCUUGUGGGAUACCCAUCAUACUUUUGCCAUGAUUUGGAGAAAAUUAGUGAAAGAUUUUCAAUGUAUGCAUGGCUGAAGGAGAGGAAUGCAGUAAAUCCUACGGUUACCUUGAGCACCAUAGUUUCAGCCAAUGAUAAACGGUUUGUAAAAUACUUUGUGAAUGUGCAUCCUGAAGGUCCAACUAUCUGGAAAGGUCUUAAAAGGUUAUCAAAUAAAAAUAAGAACUAACAGCUUCUUAUUUGUAUAUGAGUUUUGUUGAGAUGAAUA